AUGACACGGCUGAUAAGGCAACCGAGUCCGCUGACAUUGCGUGUCACGGGGUAUCACCACACUUUGGUAGCCUCUGUUCCGAGAAACUCCACAGCUACAAAACUUAACACCCAAAGACAACCCUCUUCCAGAACGAGUGAUCCGACUGGAUCCGUUCCCAAUGACAACCAUGUAAGGCGGCGGAGAAAAGAGCAAGCAGUGUUUCCAACCUCCAUGGGUCCAUUGAAGACAUUCUAUUACUUUAUUCAAGCACUGGGUAGAUCCGAUAACUCGGGAUGCAAGCAUCCCCAACCGUCAUUUAUUGCGACCUGCCCUGUAGGUGCCUUUAUUGUCUCUCAAUCCUCCCGCAGUGAAUGGAACUCACGGCUGGAUUGUAUGCAGCUCUCGGACACGCAAAUACAAUGCACGCCCAAAGAAAUCGACCCACGCUAUGACGGUCAAGAUAUUGACUUGGACGAUCAAAAUGGUGUCACCUUGGCGUGUUAUGGUCCCAUGACGAUCAGCGACACUGGAAAUAGUGGCGAUGAAGACCACAAGCAGCAGCAGCAAGCCCACGACAACCUGCAAGUAUCCGUGCAGGUCAUCGAAGGGACGUAUGAAUGCGACAAGGCAUUAGAGGCUCGGACCAUGCCCAAUCCCACGGUCGUGUCGGGUGGAAAUAUCUAUCAGACUGUAGCGAUUCAAAAGCAAUGUUCCAGCUCGGAACAAGAUGGCGAAGCUUGGGUGUUUGUCAAACCAACCUGUGGCAUCGCGGGGGGCAUUGCGCGAGAUAAUAUUGUAACAGCCGAAGACAUGCUGCAAGAGACUGUUGUACCGAUUCAGUAUGGCAGUAGCAGCAAUGGCAGUAGCUAUGAUUACAACAACACUCAAGAUCGGAGCGAUCGGAUUCCCACCAUUACGAUUGCUCAUUGCGAAAUUGAAGAUGAGUGUCAGGUGGAGUAUGUAUGUGCCAAUUUUACAUGCAGUGGUUUGACGUCCUGUGAUGUGGAUAUCCCUGACUUUGUUAUCAAUAGCACAUCUGACAGCACUACCACGUACAUGCCGGGUGAAGAAUGCCUGCCACGAGACUUUUCCAUGGAGCUAGACAAUGGAGAGGUCUGCGAGUUCAAUCUCAUGUGCACCAGCGAUAUUUGCAUCGAAGGAACGUGUCGUGCCGAGAGAUUGAAUGAUUUCCAAGUGUGCGAUGAGGGUGAGGACUGCAUGUCGAGUGCAUGUGGCAAACAUCCAGAGGACACUACGGUUGCCGGGAGCAUCGAAAGCGAAGACAUUCCAAAAAAGAUCUGCUGUCCCAGUGGCGGUACCUUUGGGCAUAGUGGGGACUCCUUCUGUACAGCAUCGCAACCCAUUGGCGCUGCCUGCCACAAGGAUGAUAUGUGCGAUAGUGGAAUAUGCAUCUUCCAGACUUGCCGAGAGAAUCUACUCGAUGAUGGCAUGGAAUGUGAAGAGCCCUCCGAUUGUUUGAACAGCGUUUGCGCCAACUAUCACGAUCCAAAUGGUGCGCAAGAGUGCUGUCCAACAGGUGACAGCAUUCUUUUAUCAGAAGGCGCUAAAUGCUCCAACCGGACCGCCGGUGAUACUUGUGAAAACAAUGUCAAUUCACUCUGUCAAAGCAACAUUUGUGUUGAAGGACUCUGUCUCGCGACGCAGCAACCACCAGGGCAAGUUUGUGACAACCACUUUGAUUGUGAAAAUGAUGCUUGUGCCUUGGAAUCAGCGGAUGCCGAAGCGCCCUACAUCUGUUGCUGGACCGGAGCCUACGAGUUCUUGCCAUAUCACGAGACGGUGACAAUUCGGACAACUCAUACCGGUUAUGAGAUCAGCUCCAACUCUUUGCGUGUUUGUACCGGACAACCAGUUGGGUCUUCCUGUGGCACGGACGUUCAGGAUCUUGAUGAAUUGUGCAACAGUGGAAUUUGCGUGGAUAGUGUCUGUGAGGCGGCACGACUUGCCCCCGGGUCCGUCUGCGCAGAAAACGAAGAUUGUGACAAUGACAUUUGUGCGUUUUCGUCUCUGGACGACACUGCUGGCAAGGUUUGUUGCGAGUCAAACGACUCCAAAAGUAUAUAUGUAGAAGGCAAGCUACGGCUGAAAGAUGUCUGCACAGGGCAACCGUUGGGAGCUCAGUGCGGAGUUCACGAUGCAGAUUCCCUGUGCGAAUCUGGCGCUUGCUUCAGUGGAGUAUGCGCAGUCCCCGUGUUUCCGUGA